AUGGUCUUUCAACGUGAAGAAGGUAUGAGUGCGUCUUUUCACUUGAUAAAGAAGCAUGUGGUAGACUCGCCGAUAAAGAUGGUUUCCAUGUGUUCGACGAUGGAUUUGAUCGCGGUUUGCAGUGUUUCCGGAAGCGUCUGGGUGGCAAGGUGGUAUAAUUCUCUGGAGAAGAUUUGGCUCUUGUCGCCCAGUUUAGGCGGUGAGGAAAAAGUUGAAACUUUGGCUUGGAGAUCCGACGGUAAAGUUAUUGCCAUUGGUUAUUCGAACGGGACGAUAAGACUUUAUAAUGUGGAUAGUGCGGAGAUGGUACACGAGCUGAUUCAAAAGCCUAGUGAAUCAUCGAAUUCCUUGCGCCUAACAUGCGCCGGAAUAAGUUGCCUUCAUUGGGUACGUGAGACAUGCGUAAAUCUGGAUCACAUGUUUCUUGGACAGCAGGUUGUCAUUUGA